UACCGAACCAGCUGGGGCCCUUUCAUGCAAAAAAAAAAGGAGAACCGCCCGGUCCCACCAUCUCCCCUGCACGUCGCGCGCCCAACCAACUGACCACCACCACACCAGACUCAACCGCUCCUCCGCGGUAACCCAACCUCCCAUCCUCCCCUCGGCUCCGCUCUGCUCUCCCCCCCUCGCCGUUCGCUCGCCGUCGCCAUCUCCUCCGCCCGCCGCUUGCUCAGCGUCCACCGUUCCCCUCCGUCCAUAAAACCCAACCGCCUCCGACUCCCGCUCCUCCUCUUGCCCCGGCGCAAUCAUCACAACCGUGAACCGCCGCGCCGCGCCACCCCGCGGACCCUCCUCCGGCCCGCCCGCGCAAUGGCGUCCUCCGCGGCCUCCUCCGCGCCCGCGGCGUCGCUGGAGCGGCGGCUGGGCCUCGGGCGCCGCGGCGGAGGGAUGGGCCUCGGCCUCCUCGGCCCCCCGGCCGACGGCGCCGGCCCCGCGCCGCCGAUGCCGGGGCUCCUGCGCCUGCGCUGCGCCGUGCAGCACUACGAGUGGGGCCGCCGCGGCGCCGGCUCCCUCGUCGCGCGCCUCGCCGCCGGGGACGCCGGGCCGGGCGCCGCCUCCGACGACCGCCCGUGCGCGGAGCUGUGGAUGGGCACGCAUCCGUCCGCGCCGUCGUCGCUCGCGCCGGACGUGUCGCUGCGGGACUGGAUCGCGCGCAACCCCGCCGCGCUGGGCCGCGCCGUCGCCGCGCGCUGGGGCGGCGACCUCCCGUUCCUCUUCAAGGUGCUGUCGGUGGCGAAGGCGCUAUCGAUCCAGGCGCACCCGGACCGCGGGCUCGCCGCGGCGCUGCACGCGCUGCGCCCGGCCACGUACCGCGACGCCAACCACAAGCCCGAGAUGGCCGUCGCCGUCACCGAGUUCCACGCGCUCUGCGGCUUCGCCGCCACCCAGGAGCUCAAGGAAGUUUUGAGGACUGUACCCGAGGUUCAAGAGUUAGUUGGCAAAGAAGAAUCCAGGAAGCUUUUGAGCGUCAAAGAGCAAGAUGGGGGGAUUGGAGUGAGGUCAUAUCUGAAAUCAGCAUUCACCAAAUUAAUGGUAGCAGGUGAAGAAGCAGUUUCUGAAGCGAUUGCAAAAAUUAAGAGCCGCUUGAAUGCUGAGAGUAAGGUUAGAGCCUUAACAAAGAAGGAGCAAUUGGUUUUAUCAUUGGAGAAGCAGUACCCAGGAGAUGUUGGCGUUCUGGCAGCGUAUUUCAUGAACUAUGUUAAACUCAGUCCUGGUGAAGCACUUUAUGUUGGUGCCAAUGAACCUCAUGCAUAUCUCUCAGGCGAGUGCAUCGAGUGUAUGGCCACUUCAGACAAUGUUGUUCGUGCCGGCCUGACCCCUAAGUACAGAGAUGUACAAACUCUUUGUUCGAUGCUAACAUAUGAUCAGACCUUCCCUGAAGUUCUGCGAGGAGUACCUGUACAGCCAUAUGUGACACGUUACACCCCUUCAACUGACGAAUUUGAAGUCGACCGCUACUUGCUACCCUCAGGCAAAUCAGUCACCAUGUCUCCGGUGCCUGGUCCAUCCAUCUUCCUCGUCAUGGCAGGUGAAGGAGAAAUCCAGGCAGGCACCAUGCCUGACAACACAAAGGCAAAGGAAGGUGACAUUUUCUUUGUGCCAGCUCACACCGAGGUCAAGCUCUAUACUUCUGGCCCUAGGUCCAUGCAGCUGUACAGGGCUGGGGUUAACAGCAGAUUCCUGAGUUGAUGGGCACAUGAGCAAUGUAUUCUUUCUGUAGGUUAGAUACCAGCUACACACGAAUUUGCAAGUUUCACACUUGUUCUAAGGUUAGUUAGGUGGGUUAUCAUAGUGUAUAGGAAAGAUGGAGAAUAAGUUCGUAAAUUCAUAUGUUGUUUAUUUUUCUAAAAAGAUGUAUUUUACAUUUCCAAAUUCAAUGAGCUACUGGGAUCAAAUGGAUCUGUAAUUGAAUUAAGCUAAAUUUACCUA